AUGGUCGCCGAAAACUUCGAGGCAGUCCUGAAGGGCAAAUAUCCAGCCAAGGACCAUGCCAAGCGUGUUACCGAGCUCUUGCGCGAAAAAGUUCCUGGGGUCAAUGGUUUCAUAUACCUUGAGUCUACCAUGACUAAGAUGCAGGAAGACAAUGACAGUCCAGUUCCUUUCCGGCAACGCCGGUUCUUCCACUAUUUGACGGGCUGCAAUGAAGCCGAUUGUUUCUUCAUUUACGACAUUCAGUCUUCCAAGUCGACCCUUUUCAUCCCGCCCAUCGAUCCCGAUGAUGUCAUCUGGUCCGGUCUCCCGCUUAGCAUCGACGAGGCUCUCGCCAAGUACGAUGUCGAUGACGUCCGCUUUACCACCGAUAUCAACAAGGCGCUAUCGUCUUUUAGCACGGCGAAUCCCGGGUCGACAGUGUUUUCUAUCGAUGGCCAGGUUUCGGACCAUAUUGAUCUAUCCAUUUUCUCCAAGAAGAACCUGUCCGCCGUCAAGGAGAUCAUCAACCGCAGUCGCGUGGUCAAGGACGAGUACGAGGUCGCACUGAUCCGCAAGGCCAACCAGAUCUCGGGUUGGGCCCACAAGGCCGUCGUUGAGAAAGCCAGGACGGCUAAAAAUGAGAGUGAACUCGAGGCUGCCUUCCUUGAGAAGUGUGUGGCCCAUGGCGCCAAAGAGAUGGCCUACCACCCCAUCCUUGCGUCCGGUCGGGCCGCCGCUACAUUGCACUAUGUCAACAACAGUGCGCCCCUUCAUGGCAAGAUUAAUCUGCUAAUUGACGCGGGUGCUGAGUGGGAGAACUAUUCCUCUGAUAUUACGAGAACCUUCCCUUUAAACGGCAAGUUCACCCCAGACUCCCGUGCUCUCUACGACAUUGUCUACAGGAUGCAACAGGAGGCGAUUGAGCAGAUCAAGCCGGGUGUGCUCUGGGAUGACGUGCACACACAUGCGCACAAGGUUGCCAUUGAGGGCCUUUUAUCCCUUGGCGUUCUGAAGGGAGACAAGGAUGAAAUCUUCGAGUCGCGCACCAGCGCUGCCUUCUUCCCUCACGGCUUGGGCCACUACCUCGGUCUCGAUACGCACGAUGUCGGCGGGAACCCCAACAGUUCGGACAAGGACAUUUUGUUCCGUUACUUAAGGCUGCGCAACAAGCUGGAGGCUGGUGCCGUCGUGACUGUGGAACCAGGAAUCUACUUUUGCGAAUUCAUCAUAAAACCGUACCUCGAGGAUCCGAAGCAUAGCAAGUUUAUCAACAAGGAAGUUCUUGACAGAUUCUGGGACGUUGGCGGCGUCAGGAUUGAGGACAACAUCCUGGUCACCGAGACAGGCUAUGAAAAUUUGACGGAUGCCAUCAAGGAGCCUAGUGAAAUCGAGGCCAUCUUCAGCAAUUAG